GAGGUGUGGGGGCCCCGGGGGUGUCCCGGCCGGGCUGCGGGCGCGGGGGAGCCGCAGGGCGGUCCCGGGAGCCGCGGCGGCGGCGUUGCCACGGUGAGCGCCGCGGGGCCGCGCUGGGCCCGGAGCGGCCGCGCUGCCCUCGGAGCCGCGGUGAGGGGGCGGCCGGGCGGGGCAGGGCCGGGAGCGGUGCGGGGGCCCCGGGCAAGGUCUGGGCCUCGCUGUGUGCCCCGCUCGGGGUCAGCCCGACCGCAGGGACGGCACGCAAACACAAACACACGAUAGGCGGCAGGCGCUGCCCUUGGGGGCUGCCGGCUCCGCAGCGCUCCCGCUCCCUCCAAGGCCCCUGGGCGGCCGCGGGCCGGGGCACGGCCGGUGCCCGGCGGAUCGAUGGAGCUGCUGCCCCGCCAGCAGCACCGCAGGCAGGAGGGAGGGCACGGGGCACGCAGUCUGAAUGUGGGGAUGUGCUCUGCCCUAUGAGCCAGGCUCUGCCUGCUCUGCCUCGCUUAGGGUGUCCAGGAACAUGGAGCCACUUAUUUACCAAACCCAGCCCAAACUCGGUGCUCUCCCUUCACUCUCAUGGUUCUGGCUGCUUCAGCCAUGCUCAUGUACCAAAACACUGCGGCCACAGUGUGGGUGUUUCUCUGUUGCUGUGUAGGUGGGUCACAGCCCUGAAUUCACCCUGGUGUGUGCAUUCCUGUAGUGCCAGGCAGCAUGGAGGCCCUGGAGGAGGAGGAAGUGCAAACACCAGAAGAUGCAAUCUCUUUGACUAUCAGUGAUUCCCUGGACAACCUGGAUAUAAGUGAAGCUGAGAAGCAAGCCUUUUUCGAAAGUGAUGAAUCUGAUUUUGACUGGAGCUCCAUUGACACGUCCCACUUACCAUCUUCGUACAAGACAAAUUCCUGGCAGGAAGAGAAACUGCUGCAGCUCGCUGACCAUUUCUUUCGGCAGUACACUCACCUGUGCCCUGACCGCAAGCCGCUCUUCCUCCACCCGGUCAACGAGUGUGGUGUGCAGAAGUUUGUGAGCACGACGGUGAGGCCAACCCUGCUGCCUUACCCAGACAUGUACUACUGGUCAGGCUGUGCCAGCUUUGUCUGUGAUUACCUCAUCAUGGAGCCCCUCAAGUGCCCAAUCACACCGCCCAGUUCACUCUAUUCCCCAACCACCAUCCUGAAAUACCAGCGAGGGAACUGCUUUGACUUCGCUGUGCUGCUGUGCUCCCUGCUGAUUGGGGCUGGCUACGAUGCCUACUGUGUACAUGGAUAUGCCACCCUGGAGAUGUGCUCCCUGGACCAGACUCAGGAGCUGUGCCCACGGCUCAGGAAGCCCCCAGAGGUACCAGAAGAGGAGGAUCCCAACAAAUAUAGAAUUAAGUACCCUUUAGAGCCACAGAGUAAGUUUGAGCUUCAACAGAAGGCCAAGGAGAAAGGAACUGAAUCUGCUCAAGAGGAGGAAACAGAAGAGGAAGUGGUCAUGGAGGUGGAAAAGCCCAAGCGAGACCCUUUGCACGGCUUACGGGUGCACGCGUGGGUUCUGGUUCUGUCUGGGAAGAGGAAGGUUCCUGAGACCUUCUUCAUCAACCCAUUCACGGGGAAUCCCCACAGCACCACAGAUGAGUGCUUCCUUGGCAUUGAGAGCAUCUGGAACCACAGGAACUACUGGGUGAACAUGCAGGACUGCCGGAGAGGCUGCAAGGAUCUCAGCUUUGACUUGAGUGAUUCUUUCUGCUGGGAAAUUAUGUUUUCAGAGAGCAACGAGGCCUCUCAGUUGCCCCCAGAGUCACCAAACAAAGACACAGAUCACAUGGAAAAGGAGGAAAUAGACAUGAGCUUUGAGAUGCCCCUAUCAUGGGUAGCCCGAAUUAAGGUAUCUUGCAGAGAAUAUGAGAAUCCCUUUUCCCAGGGGAAGAAGGUGAUCCUGUACGAUAAAGCCAAACUGGAGAAAUGGGCGGCGUAUGCGAAUGCAGACGGGCUGGUGGAACGCCUCACUGUCUAUGCAGACUCAGACUGUACUGAAGAACUGGAGGUGAAGGAAUGGUUCAAACACCGAGAAGACCUGUUGUAUAUGAGAGAAGUGAAUAAACAAACACAGCUGAUCACAGACCAUUUCAGGCCAGGACACCCCCUCCUUCUUAAAGCUCACUCCUACACGUCACUGGAGCCAGAGACUGGGCACACAGUGGAGUUUUACCACACGGCACGAGUUGAUGGCCUCUGGAAACGUUUUGAAAAUGCUACUGAGAUGACAGAGUACUUUGUGGGGAGGGAAGACUUCCUCCACAUGCGGCACACAGAGUUUGGUGAAAGAGAGAAGAAAAUGGAAAAGGCUGGCGGCACAGCUGAGGCUAACUCCCGGCCUAUAGUGCAAAUCAAGGAGUAUUUCCACAGAAAUCCAGAAAAGCCUGCUGAUGAAGAUAUAGAGGAACGUAUCUUUAUGGUCAUAGAUGAUAUCAUCCAGCUGACAUAUCACCUCGAGCUUGAUGACACCAUUGCCUCACAGGUGGUUUUCUGCAGAGUAAUAGGGAGGGAGAAGAAAGAAGAUGAAAUCUUCCUGAGCAGAGAAAACACUGUCAAAUACCAGCCAUGGUCCUCAGAGAAACACAAGAACAUGCUCCAUCUGUACAACUUGCUGUGGCAGCUGAGAGCAGAACAGAAGGACCUGAAGCAACAAGUCCGGGACUCUGAAGCAGAGAUGUUAAAUAUUUUGAUGGUCCGUGAGGAUGAAGAAGCCAAUAUUAAAUUGUCAGUUUCAAUAUACAGUACUGCAAAGAGAGAACAAGAGCAUGAAGCCACGGUGCCAGAAGAGGAGCAGAAGAGUUCCUUGGAGAAGGAGAGUCAGCACACAGGAGGGGAGGCUGAAUCCCUCACCCAUGGCACUACAACCACCUCCACGAUGUAGAGACUGCAGGCACUGGGAAUGGCUGCCUGAGCAGGGGAGGUUUACAAGUCAGCCCCCAGGAACUUGGCACUGAAGCUGCUCUGUAAAAUAUUUCAGUCCAUGUCACACUGCAGGUUCCCUCUGAUAUCCCCCUUCUUGUUCUAGGGAAAGGCAGUUGGCACAAUAGAAAAAAACAUUCUCCUGAAGAGAUGCUGCUCAUCAAUCCUCACCCGGCUGGGCACCUUGGCCAAGACUGAUUUCCCAAUUCCUUUUCUGGAGCUGCCUGCAGUAAAUCUUUCACUAUCAUCA